UUUUAACUACGUAAAAAGCAGUUUCUUUUUUGUUGUUGUAGUUUUUCAUUUAAAUUCAUGUGACUUUUUCAUAAGAACGAUUUUGGCCAGCGUUACAAACGGCAAUCCAAGUCUAGCGUCGAGUGGAGACUAUUAGGUUCACCAUUUCCUGCAAAUUGGUUAAUUAUAUCAUCAACUUUCAGGAAAUCGAUGGCAUCAAAGAUACCUCAGUUGCAAUCAAAGGUGAAUCAAGCAUCAGCAGUAGUGUCAAACCGUGGAGCUUCAUUUUACAAGCUGUUAUUGGAGCAAAACAAACACUAUAUCCAAGAACCACCUACCGUUGAAAAGUGCCAAACAUUGGCCAAACAAUUGUUCUAUACUCGACUUGCCAGUAUUCCUCUUCGUUACAAUUCAUUAAGGAAGGAAUUGGAGUAUGCUAAGAACAUAAUAAAGAACAGGCGGGAUCUGAACAUGGAGAAUGUUGGCAUGGCUGCUUUGUUUGGACUUGAAUGUUUUGCAUGGUUUUGUGGAGGUGAGAUUGUGGGCAGAGGAUUUACCUUCACUGGCUACUGUGUUUAAGUGGAAUGAACUACCCUCUAAGACAAUACUACUACUAUUAGCUUAAUUGUUGAAAAUUCUUAUAUUCAGGAUCAAAUGGUCUUUGAUCUACUUUAAUUAAUUUGAUGUCCUUAAAUAACGAUUCAAUAGACAUGGGGAGCAUAAUUAUAUUUGACACUGGUGAAGGUUUAUAGCAAUCUUAGUUUCUUGGUUUGAAGUUUGUUUGUUAGUUGUCUUAA